AAGAAGAUGAUGAUGAUGCAGAUGUGCGCCACCGUGCCAUCAGUUCACAGCAUCCAUAACAAGUUGCAGGCAACAAGGUGCCCCAGUUUCAGAUGCCGCGCAGCCUCACCUCUCAACCCUGCAGCUUCCGUCAAGCCCUUCGUUUCUACCGAGUCAACUCGCUUACACCUCUCUAACCUCGAAAAGCUCCUCGAUACCCAAAAGCCCCUCCAACAACAACACAAUAAAAUCACAAGCACUGACGAUUCAUCAUCGUCCACGGAGAAGAAAGCAAAAAGUUUCCUUGAAGGACUCAACUUAGGGAGAUUGUGGAGUUCGGAAAUGAAAGCAGCCGCCGAGGAUAUGUCCCCGCGAAACCUUCACCGCCUGCAGCGCCUCCUCUCCAAGACAGCCGAGUAUUCGCCGCGAAACGUCCUCGGCAGCCGGUGGAGGGAGUACCACGGCAGCAAUGACUGGAAAGGGAUGCUCGAUCCGCUCGAUGAGAAUCUCCGCCGGGAGGUUGUCCGGUACGGCGAGUUCGUCCAGGCUGCCUACCAAGCUUUCCACUCUGACCCAGCCAUGUCCACGGAUGCCCCGCCACAGCCCCGCCACGUGGCCCUCCAUGACAGGACAUAUAAGGUCACCAAGAGCCUCUAUGCCACGUCAUCUAUUGGGUUGCCCAAAUGGGUCGAUGACGUGGCACCGGAUCUCGGGUGGAUGACCCAGCGCUCUAGCUGGGUCGGGUACGUCGCAGUUUGUGAUGACCAAAGAGAGAUCGCACGGUUGGGAAGGAGGGACAUCGUGAUUGCCCUUCGCGGAACUUCAACUUGUCUCGAAUGGGCCGAGAAUCUUCGAGCCCAGUUGAUUGAUCACCCUGAUGAUAACAAGGAAGAUGAUAACCAAGGAAAGCCCAAAGUGGAGUGCGGGUUCUUGAGCCUGUACAAGACACGUGGUGCUCACGUGCCUAGCUUAGCCGAGUCUGUUGUGGAAGAAAUUAAGCGGUUAUUGGAGGUUUACAAGGGUGAGAGCCUAAGCAUCACAAUCACAGGCCACAGUUUGGGCGCAACGCUGGCCUUGUUGGUGGCCGAUGAGAUAAGCACGUGCAGCCCAAACAUGCCACCGGUGGCUGUUUUCUCCUUUGGUGGGCCUCGAGUGGGUAACAAGGCCUUUGGAAACAGAGUUACGGCUCGUAAUGUGAAAGUGCUUAGAAUUGUGAACUCGCAAGACGUGAUUACGAGAGUGCCUGGAAUAUUUGUAAGCGAGGAGGUAGAGGAAAAAAUAAGGAACUCCAAGGUUGGUGGUGGUGUCAUGAACAUGCUUGAAGAGAAUACACCGUUGGCUUACUCACACGUGGGGACCGAGCUACGUGUCGACACCAAGAUGUCGCCCUAUCUAAAGCCGGAUGCUGACAUGGCAUGUUGCCAUGACCUGGAGGCUUACCUGCACUUGGUGGAUGGUUUCCUGGCAUCUAAUUGUCCAUUUAGAGCAAAUGCUAAGAGAAGCCUGGCUAGAUUGAUGCAGGAUCAAGGCUCUAAUGUCAAGAAAUUGUAUGUUAGCAAGGCAAAAGCCUUGACUGUUAAUCUUAAGAGACAAGGAUCUAUGUCCAUGUCCAUGUCCACUUGUUUGCCUAGUCCAUCUUAAACCACUCUAAUAAUAUUUAUGUGUAAUUCUUAGAUGAAAACAAAAAAUGUGAAUAUAUUUUAUUUGAGGAUGUUACACAUACA